AGAACCUGCUGCUCAUCCUUCUUUCUCCCGCUCAGCUCUUUCGCGCUCCCCACCCCGAGGAUUGCUUGUCUCUCUCUCUCUCUUUUUUUUUUUUUUUGGAGGAGGAGGGGGGGGUCUUUCUUAAGCAGCAGCGCUCGGCCUCCCCACAUCUUUCCCUCCAACCUCCCCUUCUCUCUUUCUUCCUCCCUCUGGCUCUCCAGUUUUUCCCCCUCGGCUUUCCCGCUCUCAAUGCUGGUGAAAAGAUCUCUCCCUUGAAACAUGAAGGUCCUCAGCUGGGUACGGCUCGCCCUCAGCCAGUGGCUUGUGCGAGAGGUUGUAUGCGCCGAGGGCCAUGUAACCAAGACCUUGAACUAUCUUGAGAUGAGUCCUUCAAGUGUCUUGAAGACUGGACCAUAUGGUAGCUCUUUCAAACCCCACUCACUCAGCCCUGGCCGGAUAUUUUCCAAUGAGCCAUCCAAAGCCAAGCUGGACCCUUUUGGUGGUGCACUGAGCCCAUGGGACUGGACCAAGAAUCAGACAGCCAUGGAGCACUUCAAUCAGCGAGCCAAAAGGAAGCCCUCAAUGAAGGCCGGUCGUACCAAGAAGAUCUUUGGAUGGGGGGACUUUUAUUUCAAUAUCAAGACCUUGAAGUUUAGCCUCCUUGUGACAGGCAAGAUUGUGGAUCACAUCAAUGGUACCUUCAGUGUCUAUUUCCGACACAACUCCUCCAGCCUGGGCAACGUCUCCGUGAGCAUUGUGCCACCCACCAAAGUUGUAGAAUUUGACGUGUUGGUGCCUCCUAUCCCCACCCAACAUCUCCAUCCCCAGCAGUCCACCUUAGCUGAGCCGAAGGAAUCCAAGACCUUCAAUUGUCACGUGGAGUAUGAGAAGACCAACCGGGCACGCAAGAAUAAGCCCUGCCUGUAUGAUCCAUCCAAGAUCUGUUUCACUGAGCAUACACAGAGCCACGCAGCCUGGCUCUGUGCUAAACCGUUCAAGGUCAUCUGCAUUUUCAUCUCAUUCUUCAGCAUUGAUUACAAGCUGGUUCAGAAAGUCUGUCCGGACUAUAACUUCCAGAAUGAGAAUCCCUACUUUGGCUGAUGGGUGGACUGGGCCUUUGAGGGAUGGGGAUGCGGGGAUGAAAUAAGUUGUGAUUUUUAUCAAGCAGAGAGUCAGAACUUUGGAUGACCGGGGGAAGAAAUAUACGAACUCCCUACCAUGCUUGAUAGGACAAAAACAGCUGGUUUGGUUUAGGGACUGGAUCUUGUUCCAUCAGACAUUCUACUUCCAGUAGCCAGUGAAUUUCCCAGGACAUUAGGAAGAUGAAGAGUGGCCAGAGGGACAAUAUUGUUUUCACAACUCAUUCAUCCCCUUUCUGAUGCCAUUUGUGAGCAUCUCAUGGGGAUUCCCUGCAAGAUGAAGAAAUAGCUUGCUGUGGCUGUAUCUCUUUUGUGCAUACAUAACCCCUGCUGCUUUGGUAGGGUUCUUACACUGACUACACAUCCCUCAGGAUCAUACCUCCCAGAUGGAAUGUGAAGGUUCAGGUAGCAGUGACAGAUAUCUCUCUUCCUCAGGCUAAGUCAGACAUCAUCCAGCUGAGUUCUCCUCGGAAUUCCCAUUGGCCUAAUUGAGGGUGGGGAAAUAGAAUAUUAACCAAGGGCGCUAAUUCAGGUCUCAUCGGAUAACACAGAAGAGCAAACGUCAGCAGGGUUGAGGGACACUUGUCUAGGGUGGGAAAUCCAGCUGCAUGAGCUUUUCUGUUCCAAUAAGAAGAGAUGAAAUGUGGAGGUAGCAUCAUAUGAAAUAUGGAAAUCUCUCAAGUGGAAUUAAAGAGGGUACUUGAGAUGUGAGUGAGAUCAUAGCAUAUGGCAUAUGCCUGAGCAGAGCAGAAAAAAUAGGAAAUAUGUAAGAUAGUAUGUUGAUGCAGUCAGGACAGUAUUGAUUGUGUCGGUGUGUGUGUGUGUGUGUGAGAAAGAGAAAGACAGAGGUGGGGGAGAGAGGGAGAAAGAGAGAGAAAGUAGAACCAUGACAUCCAAACCAUGUGUAAGACAGUGAUUGAAAUUAAUCAAAAAUAAGUAUAUGUGUGCAAAACCUAGAGCAUGUAUGUAUAGAAAUUUGUGUCCCAUUAGGCACCUACUUGUCACCUUAGUGACAUGUGCCCAUAAGAUCUUUUUGUGUGAGUAGUUAAGGAGAAACAUACAGUAUGGGUUGAAUUAGGUCUGCAAAUUUGCAGUGAUUGAUUCAGCAGAUCACUUCACUAGAUCCUUGAUCACAGAUUAAAAGUUGAUUGGCAGGCCCAAGAUUGAAAGGAUGUAACCGGGACGAGCGUAGCAAGUUUUUUCUUCCACUGGAUUGGUUGUCUCUCAAAUUUUCCUCCUAAAUGAACUGACUUUGGAUUUAAUUUAGCAAAAUAACAGAGUUGGAAGGGACCUUGGAGGUCUUCUAGUCCAACCCCCUGCUCAGGCAGGAAACUCUAUAACAUUUUAGUCAAAUGGUUGUCCUAUCUCACAACUUCUGGAGGCAAAUUGUUCCACUGUGGAACAAUUGGGUUUUCUUUAUAGCAGGCAGAGUCCAGUGCAGGUAGGAUUGGGAGUGCUUACCUUUAAGCGGCAGCUGUCUUUUAAAUGUAGAUUCUCCACCACAUAUGAGAUUGGAGCUUGCUCAGACUCAAAGGCAUUUUUGGCUCUGGUGGGCUGCUAUAUAGUUAGAGAUGCUCUGUAUUAGGGAGGCAAUAAAGAGGCUUUUCAGAGCAACAAAUAAUUAUAUUUGCUUAUUAAAUUGCAACCGCCCUCUUGUUUAACAGAAGUCCAGGACAUCCCUUCAAUAGGCGCAAAUAAUAUUUUUUACAAUUGGAGCAAUGUUUCAGCAAUUUAGUAAUUCCCAAGAUGCAGGUUAGGUACUGACUAUAUCAUUAAUACCAAUGUUCCUGAUACCAGUUUUCACUUAGUCUUAAGGGAUGGAAAGGCUAUUUUCUUAGAAAACAUUCAACAGGAUUGGGUGGUUGUGUUAUAUAAAGCAGGUCAUUGGGUUAAACCAGAAUAUGAUUUAUUUUGUUUGGACAUACUGUAUUCUGUAAACUUACAGACUAAGCUUUGUUAAUUUAGGUUUAAUUUAGGUUUAGUUUAUAAUGCAAGCCUUACCAAAAAAUGAUUGCUCUCCGCAACUCUGACAAAAAAGACCAAAAGAAAUUUUAAAAAUAAAACCAUUAGUUACUCCCCUUCUACUUCUUCCCUUGCUCAACACACGACUGAAAGGAGCUUUAUUUUUCUUGGAAGAGUUAUUCUAAAAGCAAUUUAUUAUAUUUCUGCUCUGUUACUUUGUGGCAUAGAAUGGUAUGGAGGCUUUAAAAGAAUAUAUGGGAGACUUUUUUGGAUUAUCUGGUAUUCGAGCAGCUGGAUGACUAGAUUAUAUUCUGGCUACUUCCAGUUCUUUGAUGUUGAAUUUUCUUUAUAUUUCUUAUUGCUUAUCGGUUGCUCUUCUUGCAACGAUUACAAAAACAAGUUCUGGAGGUGUCUAAAGGCCAGAUUUUGUAAAUCAACAGAGAAAGGAUAAGUUUGUGUUUUGACAACAUUAUCUUCUGCUAUACUAAAAAAACAUACCACUAUUUUUAAAAGAACAAGUACGGAAUAUCACAUGUUUUCUGAACAGGAAGAGUAGGUGAGAAAUCACAUGCUUGAUUUCUCACCUAUUCCGCUCCUACAUCAAACAUUUCUUGCCUUUAUAAAUCUAGCUCAUCAAAAAGAAGAGACAUACUUAACCUUUUCCUGACAUCUAAUCUGAAUGCAGAAUUUGGAUUGGUUCAUUUGGUUUCGCUGAAGUAGAAUAAUAUCCAAGCAUUUAAUUAUUUCCCCAAAUUCCAAAAUAAGUGCAGUCCCAGGAGUACAUGAUAUUCCUAAAUGUGUAGUUCAGCUACAGGAGUUAAAAACACUAGAAAUUAUUUGCUGUUCAAAUGUCCAGAUCAAACCUAGCAACCUGACCUGGUUUCUUGGAGGAUGACUUGCGUUUUAACUUGCACCUUUAGCAAAGACAGUUUUGGCCUAGAAAAAAUUACUUUGCCUUCACCUAACCUGGGUGUCAGCAACCCGUGGCUCCGGAGCCGCAUGUGGCUCUUUGGACCCUCUGCUGCGGCUCCCUGUCCCAUUACUGGCUGGCCCCACCCCCUUGUCCUCCCCUCCCAGUCACUCCUCACCUGGCCUUGGAAAUCCGAGAGAUACAGAGAGAGAGGGGAGAGUGGAAGAGAGAAAGAUACA